UGAGCCGGAAGGAGGUAGUUUGAGGCAAGCUGAUGUGUUAGGAAGAAAAGCCGCGUAGCACUAGAAAUAUAAGGCUUGCCUUCCCAGCCGUAUCUCGGAGUCUGAGGUCACCCUGAAGCACGGUGUUUUGGGGCGUAGCCUUCACCUUCCUGAUUUUUCACAUGUCGUUCGACUGGCAAGGAUUAAACGAGGUCUCCAACCUCAGGUUGCGUGGUCCGGAUUCCUAUAGGGAUUCAGAAGUGAAAAACAGAUCCCCAGACCACUGCUCUGCAUCAUGUAGGAGCUCAAGGAAGGUCCAACUGUGUAUGUGUGCCUGCUCAUUGUUGGGAAAUGUCCAACGUUUCCAAUUAUGCCCUUCGAAUGGCCCGUCUGAGCGCUCAGAUAUUUGGAGAAGUUGUCAGGCCAACUGACUCAAAAUCCAUGAAAGUUGUAAAGUUAUUCAGUGAGCAGCCUAUAGCCAAAAAGAAGGAGGUCUACAGUUGGUAUCCUCCUCACAACACCUACUAUGCCCUCAUGAAAAAACUCCGUUUUUUUGGUCUCUACAGAGAUGAGCAUCAAGACUUCAAAGAGGAGAUGAGGCGGUUGAAAAAGCUCCGUGGAAAGGAAAAACCAAAGAAGGGUGAAGGAAAGAGAGCUCUCAAGAAGAAAUAGUGCCCCUCGGACAACAACUGUGGAAAUGCUGAAGAACAGCUGUAACCCACAGUUUCUGUUCCCAGAUGGAGGGGAGUUAGCAUUUGAGCUUCAUUUGGAGCACAAGAAACACAUUGUGAAGUACUGGAGUCCACCUUGGGAGUGCAUUUGUGUCUUUGUGGUUUUUUGCAGUUUUUUUUCUUAAUUUCUAUACUUGAAAUAUUCUGAAUGUUGUAGUACAUUCAUUUGUCAUGAGAGCCCUGCCGUACCCAAGUAGUACCAACAAUAGUUGGAAAAGAAAAAAGUCUCAGUGUUUUUCUUGCAUGCAUCAGCAGCCAUGUUCCAGUUUUUCUGGAUCUAGGAAAUGUCUCUUUUUUCCCUCUUUUACUUUCUUGCAUUACUACCAAUGCUGUUUUGCAUUUGCCCAGAAAAAGAAAAAAGGCUUCCUACUUCUGCUGCUUGUUAUCUUGCCUAUUAGGUUGAGUUUUGCUCCAGGUGGCUUUAACAUGGAAUAUUUUUUUUAAAGUUGCUGUUAGAAUCUAUGGUUUUGCCCUGGAUAAUCUUUAAUGUUCCAUUGCCUGCCCGCAGCACUCUCAUUGUACCUUGAUUAUUUAGAUACUGCUAUAGAAGCAACUGAAAAAGGAGGGCUGAAGCUGCUUUCAAGACCCUCUACUAAUUAAAAUACAUUAUUUAAACAUAGUGUAGUAAAAGGAUUUUGAAUAUAGUCCGAUUGCAUAGAGGUUACAUGUGAAGUGCUUCAAAAGGUACAAAACAAUUUUAUAGAUAUGCACUAAAGUGUUUUUUACAGCUGUGCUCCUUCAGUGUUGUUAAUAUUAAUAAUUACAUUUAUAUUCACCAUUUUUACCUGUCACUCACUGUCAGCGAACACACAGUAUAGAAUGCAACCCUGCUGCAUCUGGCCACUCAUGCAUCUUGCCUGAAAGUGCCUUGAAACUGCAUCUUUAAUUUCCAGGCCCCAGAAACCUUGAGGAGCAGCCCUGAGGUACUGAAGGAGAGCUAUUCAAACCUUAGAGUGAGUGGGGCAGAAAGUGCUUACACAGGAAGCUUAAGGUGUGCUUAAUUUUUGCAUACAGAGACAUUCUGAAGUAGGUAGCUACUAACCUGGGGCUGCUUCUAAACCAAGCUUGCUGAGUUGUGUUUUUAGAGGGAUUUGUCUGAUCAGUGAACUAGAUGGAUCUUCAUAAAUUUGUGAACAGUUCCAUAUUUUUACUUCAUCGAGGUUAUUAAUUCAACUAGUACCAGUUGCCUUAAAGGUUGCCCUUGGAGACUCUCUAGGGUCCAAUUAACUGUGUCAGCUGUGGACUUCUGGUGCGUGUAGUAGCAGCAGCUAGGUUGGCCAUGACUUGGCAUCUUCCAAAAUUAAAUUGAAAAUCAAUGUAUUCUUUGCAUUUUAAAGAGGAAAACACCAUCAUCAUCUUUUGUAUUCCUGUGAAAGUGUAAAUGUACAGCAAGAAUUGAUUGUUUUCUUGCUCCGGUGAAGUAUACACAACCUUAAACUCUGGGUGUGUGAGGAAACCUGUUUGUUUGAGUAUGAUAUAUAAAAUACUUACACAGCCUAAUAGAUCAGCCACGCUUAUCCUUCUGAAUCUCCAUUUAGUCUGUUUAAGGACUCGGUAUCGCCGGAGCCUACGGAAAGCAGUGAGUUCCACAGCUAUCCUGUGUCUUUGCUAGACAUAGAUAUGGAUUCAGCAGUGUAAUACUAAUUGGACUUGAGGAUCAGAUCUGUUCUUCCUUGUCUGCUCAAACCACCUGGCUAUUUAUGGAUUGUAAGGAGCUCUUGUCAUGCACGAGAAAGUGAAGGCCUUGUUGAUCUAGUCAGUUAUAAUGAGCCCCUCUGUCUGCAACCUGGCAGAGCAAACCUACUCUUGGAAUCAAAGCAUCACACAGGGAGCAUACUUUAGGAAGUAAAGUAUCCCAGCAAAGUAUCCGAACAGGCUUGUGAAGUGAACAGCUGUGAAGCAAACAAAGACAAUGAAUUGUUGGCAUUUAUCCUCAUUCUGCAGUGUUUAUAAAAGUGAAGUGGAUGGAGUGAAGUCAUUUAAAGAACAAUUAUAACUUAAAAAACGCUGUGUGAGUACAAAAAGAGUUCCCCUGCCUAAUUGUUCAUAAUUUAUCUUCUGCAGUAUUUAUUAUCUAGAAUUACAUCUUUUAAACAAUGGAUCUUUCCCCUCCUCUGAGACUGCUAUUGGAGUAAUGAUGAUUCAGCAUUGUCAAGUUUGUCCCAGUAUUAGGAAAACUCAUUACUUGCUGGGAGUGCAACUAUUCUGUUCCAGAACAUACAGUUUUCUCUGCUCCAUGAGAGGGAUAGAAAUAGGCACUUUCCUUCCUAGCUUCUAACCAUUACUCUAUUAUUUAAUAAUAGAUACUGCCCUGAAAAGGACUACUUUUUGUGAAUCACAGCACUUGCACAAAUUGGAAAUCACUUUUGAAACAUCAUGACAGGUAUUAACCCAGUGUGUGUAUUUAGGAGGGGAAGUAGAGCUUCACCCGUAUUCAGAGGAGUAAGGAUGAGAAAACUUCUUAGAACUGUCAGUAUAGUGUCAUAUCCAUUUUAUGUACAAAUAAAAGCUCAAUUUUAUUUUUAUUUUCCCUUUACAAUUAUUCUUUUCACCAUUCAUACUCUACGUUUUGUUACAGAAUUCACUCUUCCUGAGGUUAUGAGCUGACUGUCCUUGGCAUAUGUUUAGAUGGAUGUUUUAAUUCUCAAUCGGAAUAAAUCCAGAUAAGU